AGGCCGGCAAACUGGCAGCGCGAUAGAGCCUGUCAGUCUACAGCUCACGGCAUCUUCUCGCCAGCACACCCCGAGCGUUCAGCCAGCCUCUCGUUAACGUGUUCAUGGGCAGUUGAACUACCCCGCCGUCGCCGUCAAACCUUCAUCGCCCGCCACUUGGGUUCUCCCAACCACUUCUCCCUUUUGACUUCACCUUCUCAACGACACGGACCGUCCCACCGACGCCAUGGACGACGAGAAUAUUUCCAACUUUGUGGCCAUCACCUCGUGUGAGCCCGCAAAGGCUGCGCAAUACCUGAGCUUGACCGAGGGCAACCUCGAGCAGGCCAUACAGCUGUACUUCGACAGCCCCAAUCUCGACUUUGGCGGAGCGCCAGCUGCUCAGCCAGCCGCUUCGAAUGCGAACAACCCGAUUCCGAUUGACUCGGACGACGACAUGUCCGACUUCGAUCCCGCUGCUUUCGAGGCAGAUGCCCCGCCGCGAGCACAGCCGAAUACCGAAGACGAUGAGGCAAUGGCCCGUCGCCUGCAAGAGGAAAUGUAUGGCGCUGGUGGCGGUGCUGCUGCCCAGGAUGAAGUCCGUGCUCCCAUGGAGCGGAGGACCGAGACGCUGGUUGGUCCCGAUGCCAAUUGGGGACCCGGGAGCGAGGACGAUGUGAACCAACUGGUUCAGGAACAGCUUGCUCGUCGCGCCAGGAAUCCCACGGCCCGCGCAGGCAUAUUCAAUCAACGCAACACUCAGGCCUCGGUGUGGGAGAACAGCAGUGAUUCGAGCGCUCGGCGACGUGAGCUAGCAACUGCGACCGGAGGCGCUUCGGAGCAGUCUUCCAAGAUGAACAUGCUUGCAGAGCUCUUCAGGCCUCCCUUUGAGAUCAUGUUUCAGCAGCCCUGGGAGAGGGCACGCGACUUGGGCAAAGAAGAAUCGAAGUGGAUCAUUGUCAACGUCCAGGACCCCGCCAUCUUCGACUGCCAGCGCCUCAACCGGGAUAUUUGGAAGAACGACGACAUCAAAGACACCGUUCGAGAGAACUUCAUCUUCAUACAAUACGCAAAGGAUGAUCCCCGGGGCCAAGAGUACAUGAAUUACUACUUUCAGAACCGUGAGAGCGCGGACGCAUACCCCCACAUCGCCAUCGUCGACCCACGAACUGGCGAGCAAGUCAAGGUGUGGUCAGGCCCUCCUAUCCCUGAAGCUGUCGACUUCCACGCCCAACUUCACGAGUUUCUCGAUCGCUACAGCCUCAACUUGAACGUGAAGAACCCAGUCGCAACGCGCAAGCCCGAAAAUUCUAAGAAAGACGUAGGUCGGAUGACCGAGGAGGAGAUGCUCGAGAUGGCCCUCCAGAACAGUCUAGGCAACCAAGACCAAGGCCCGAAGGACGAAGACCCCGACGCGCUCACCAAGGGCGACGCCGCAAACAAAGGUAAGGCAAAGGCCGAGGAACCUGCAGAAGCAGCAGAAGCAGCAGAAGUGACCACGAAUGGUGACUCACCGUUUGCGCGAAUCUCCUCGGAUAACCCACACACGGAGCCCACAUCAACCGAUGCAACGGUCUCUACGCGCAUCCAGUUCCGUGGCGGCCCCGGUCGGCCCAUUGUUCGACGUUUCAACUUGUCAGAUCCUGUUCGUCGCAUCUACGAAUGGAUCAAAUCCGGACACCCCUGGGAAGGCAAAGAGGGAGCAGACUUCGACCUGUCCUUCAUGGGUAAGAACCUCUUGGAAGUUCUCGACUCCAGCAUCCAGGAGGCCGGCCUGAAGGGUGCGAGCGUGAUGGUGGAGUUCACCGACUCGGAGUGAGCACGGGUUCGAAACAUCUUUCAGUACGUGGCGUUAUCCCUGAAUGCGGCCUCGCAUUGGUCGUUCUUUGGGAGGAACGUAUGUCACGACAGGAAUAGGGUGCUAUUUGAACAAGGAAAUCUCACGCCUGCCAU